AUGUCUACAAAUAUCACUUGGCACCCCUCCCUCACCCGCGCUGAGCGCACCACCCUCCGCAAACAACGCGGCUUCACAAUCUGGUUCACCGGGCUUUCUGCCUCUGGAAAAUCCACCAUUGCCACAGCUCUCGAGCAACAUCUUCUCCAUCUCGGACAUGCCGCAUAUCGUCUCGACGGCGACAAUGUCCGCUUUGGACUCAACAAAGAUCUCGGAUUCGACGAGAAGUCCCGCAACGAGAACAUUCGUCGUAUUGCCGAAGUCGCAAAGUUGUUCGCAGAUAGUUGUACCAUCGCUUUAACAUCGUUUAUCUCCCCUUACAAGGCAGAUCGAGCUGUUGCGAGGGAAUUGCAUGAAAAGGCCGCCAAUGGGGAUGACGCUAUUCCUUUCAUUGAGGUUUUCAUCGAUAUUCCUGUUGAGGAGGCAGAGAAGAGAGAUCCAAAGGGAUUGUACAAGAAGGCUAGAGCGGGUGAGAUUAAGGAUUUCACUGGUAUCAGUGCGCCAUAUGAGGAGCCCGAGAAGGCAGAGAUUCAUUUAAGGACGGAUAAGCUGAGUGUGGAGGAGUGUGUGCAGAAGAUUGUGGAAUAUUUGGAGAAGGAGAAGUUGUUGAAAUUGUAG